AUGAAUUUGUUCGGGCGGAAGUCGGCGGCGCCUGCGCGCACGGGGCCCGUGGCGACGGCCGAGACGAUCCGCAAGCUGCGUGAGCAACUUGAGUCGCUGGAGAAGCGCGAGCUGCAUAUCGUCAAGAAGAUCGCGCUGCAGCUGCAGGAGGCCAAGCAGAAGAGCGCGGCCAAGGACAAACGCGGCGCCAUCUUCGCACUCAAGCGCAAGAAAAUGUACGAGGCCGAGGUAGAGAAGUUGCAGGGCGCGC